AAGAAGAAGACGCGCUGAGUCGGUUCCAGGUCGUGUGUUUUGGACCUGUAAUUCCCUCUCUUGACGCUUCAUGGGUGGGUCACCGCCACCACCGAUAAACCUUCUGCCCCGGGAGAGAACGGCACAGGUCCCGGGGCCGUGAGUGCUGCUCACCGAGCGGCUAAGGGCGGAGGAGAUGGUCGGUGUUUUGAAGGAAACCGACCGGUCAGAGCCGGAGUUCUACAGCCGGGGGAGGCGGCUAAAUAACAAGCUAAACUCUGGAGGUAAACCGCACACAGCAGCUGAACAACAGCUCAAAGAGAUUCCUCGGGAACAGCACCUCAUUAUAGUCAAAGAAGAGUUUCCACUUGAGCAGACGGAGCAGAACGCUUCUGUGGACCAGGAUGAGCUACAGCAGGGCCACAUUAAGGAGGAAGAAGAGGAGCAAGUGUACAUGGAACAGUACGGCAUCAUUGCUGUGACUGUGGAAGGUGACGAUAAAGACCGUCCUGAUAUUUCAAAGCAGGAGAACAAAGCAGACCACGGAGGACUAGAACCAGCCAGCACCUCACCUGAUCGUGGUCUUUUCGGACCGGGUACUGAAGACGAGCGUGAAGAGUCUUCGGAGACAGACGACAGUGAAGACGACUGGAAGGAGACGGGCGCACCACCAGAUUUGAAGCUGUUAAAAAAUCUGUCCUAUUGCAGCGUCGUGGAAGGUAACCACAGCGAUGAACUGAACUCUCCUGAAAAUCAUGGAGCGUUUGCUGACAAGUCUCAUCUGGUCAAAUACAAAAACACUGACUGUGGAGAGAAGUCUUUUAGUUGCUCUGAAUGUGGUAAGAUAUUUACACGAAAGAACAAUCUCAGACAGCAUGAAAAACUCCACGCAGACGACAAACCUUUUGUUUGUUCCGGGUGCGGUAAAAGAUUUACCAAAAACUCUGAUCUGAGGAGACACGAGCAAAUUCACACGGGACAGAAACCGUUCUGUUGCGUCGUGUGCGGCAAAGGAUUUUCCCAAAGAGGUCAACUGAAGAACCAUGAAAUAAUUCACACGGGAGAAAGACCUUUUGGUUGCUUCACGUGUGGGAAACGAUUUUCACGAAAUGGUAAUCUAAGGACCCAUGAAAGGAUUCACACUGGAGAGAGACCUUUUAAUUGUUUCGUGUGCGGUAAAGGCUUUACACACCGGACUCACCUGCAGAUACACGAGAGAAUUCACACUGGGGAGAAACCCUUCAGUUGUUCCGUCUGCGGUAAAAGUUUUAUCAAAAGAGCUGCUAUGAGGAUACAUGAGAAGGUUCAUACUGGAGAGAAACCAUUCAGUUGUUCCGAGUGUGGUAAAAGGUUUACGCAUAAGACUAAUCUAAAGGCACACGAGAAUGUCCAUACGGGAGAGAUACCAUUUAGUUGCUUUGAGUGUGGGAAAAGAUUUUCAAUUAAGAGUAAAUUGAAAGCACACGAGGACAUUCAUAAAAGAGCGGUGGGACCUAAACGAGGCAAAUGUCACUUACACAAAAGAAUACCGAUAAUGGUAAAUACCUGUGUCGUGUCGGGUUGUACCAACCGAGCUGGGAAAGGAGAUCGUAAGCUAAAGUUUUUUGUCAUACCUAAAGUGAUCUGUCACCAAGGGAAGCUGACGGAGGAUAUUUCCACAGAAAGAAGGAUGCUGUGGCUUUCACGUAUCAACCGUGUGAAUUUCAACCCGGAGCCAAGCCAAAGGCAUUACAAAGUCUGUUCGGAACACUUCAUUUCGGGGGAGAAAGCUGAUCUUUAUGACAAGACGAAUCCAGAUUGGGCACCAUCUUUGAAAAUGAGAACUGUUAAAAAGAAGACAUCAAAAACUAUGUCCGCAAAGAGGCGAUAUAAAAGAUCAAAACGGAGAGAUGGAAAGAAGAUAAAGCUGAAGACUGCGGAACCGCUUUUGGACCUUCGGGCAACAGCUGAUAGCAACACAGACUUUGAUGAGACUUUUUGUUUUAAUGGGAAUCUUGAACCAGCAGGAGAAACAGCAGGUGAUCAGCGGCGCGUGGCGAUUAAAGAAGAGUGUCCUCUCGAAGAGCAGGAGUGGAGCGUCACGGUGUACCCUGAAGAGAAACUGCAGUCCCACAAGGAAGGGUGCAUUAAAAGGCGGGGGAUCGAUGAUAACGCUACGGCUGUGAAGAUCAAGGAAGUAUAUUUGGAGCCAGGUGAACAGCUCCUUAAUGUGAUUAAAGAAGAACAGCAGGGAUGGAGCGACACUACGGACCAGAAGGAGCCCCAGCUCCCCCGCAUUAAAGAGGAAGAGGAGGAAGUGUCCAUCAAACAGGAGGAGGUUGAUUAUAUUGCCGUGGUUGUAAAGGAGGAAAAAGACGAAGAGAUGUCAGAGUUCUCACUUCUUCAUGCAAGUCCAACUGAGGAGCGGAUGGAAGAACAAUCCUGUACCUCGGCUCCAGAAGGACACCUGGGACUAGGUUCAGGAGAUAUGUCGGAAUAUUCUUCUGAAACAGAUGACAGUGAGGACGAUUGGAGUAACAGUAACUGCAACACUGGUGAGGACCUGGGUUGUAUUGAUGGGUCUCAUCUGCUGAACAGUGAUUGUGGAGAGCAUUUCCAGAGUUCCUCCGAAUGUGAGCAGACAUUCCUACAACAUAAUGAUCUUGAGGAUAAUGAAAUGAACCAUACAGAGAAAAUCCCUUAUCAGUGCUCAGUGUGCGGUAACGUAUUCAAACAGAGAAAGAAUUUGCUGGUCCAUUACAGAAUUCACACGGGAGAGAAACCUUUCAGUUGCUACGAGUGUGAUAAAAGGUUUACCAAUCAGUCUGAUUUGAGGAGACAUGGAAAAACUCACACGGGAGCAAAACCGUUUCCUUGUUCGGAGUGCGGUAAAGAAUUUACCAAUACAUCCAAUUUGAAAAGACACGAAAAAGUUCACACGGGGGAGAAGCCUUUCAGUUGCUCUGUGUGUGGGAAAGUAUUCUCAGAAAAAAGCACUCUAAAGAAUCACGUAGUAAUUCACACAGGAGAGAGACCUUUUGUUUGCUUUGUGUGCAGCAAGACCUUCUCACGAAGCGGUGAUCUGAAGACGCAUGAAAGGAUUCAUGAAAGACCGUACCGUUUGUCUGCGUGCGGUAAUAAUUUCAAACACAAGACUCGUUCGCAGGAGCUAGAGAAACUGUUCAUUUGUGCUGUGUGUGGUAAACAAUUUACAAAUAGUGCUAAUUUGAAGACUCAUGAAAGAAUUCACACUGGGGAGAAACCGUUUGUCUGUUCCGUGUGCGGUAUCGGAUUCACCAAUACGUCUAAUUUGAAGACCCACGAACGAAUUCAUACGGGGGAGAAACCGUAUAGCUGCUCCGUGUGUGGCAACAGGUUUAUAAGAAGCUGUGAUCUUAAAAGACAUGAAAAAAUUCAUAACAGAGAGUGACCUCACAUUUGGGUUGUAAAAAAAACCAAAAAAAAACACUCGUCUGCACACGC